CUGUCACAUGUUCUUUGGAAAUUUGUCGUUAUUCUGCCCUUCCUCUGCGCCCCUCUUGGUGCCUCCCAGUUUAGGCGCUGAAUGUAAAGUGGGUGGAGAAGUGUGCGUGGAAGUGGACGCAACUAAAACUGGAAAAUGGUCGGGGAUUUAAACGCAAGCGCGCACAGGACAGAUGCUUGAAAUAAAAGACUGUUGAAACAGCAAAGGAAGCUGAUUAAGGCUCCUAAAGUUCGUCGAUCUGGAUGGCCAUGCAAAGUCUGAGUGAAGCCGGAGAGAGAGAGUCAGUCGCCUGUCCGCGGUCGCAGGGCCUGAGUCGAAGAGCGCACGCUUUCUCUGUGGAGGCUUUAGUGGGAAACAGCCGCAAGAGAAUGAAAAUAGAAAAGGCGAAGGAUGAGAAGAUAGAGACAAGUGACUGCGACUUGGACACAUCGACUGGGACUGUAGUGGAUGAAGGAGAGGACAGCGAGUAUCAAAUCAAGGAAAAUAUUCAGUCCGCAAGCAAACCUGCUGAGGAGAAAACCGAGCCGGACACACAGAUCCAAGUGGAACUGCAAGGUUCCGAUCUGUGGAGCAGAUUUCACGAGAUUGGAACAGAGAUGAUCAUCACCAAAGCGGGCAGGCGAAUGUUUCCAUCUAUCCGGGUGAAAGUGAGGAACCUGGACCCGUUCAAACAAUACUACAUCGCCAUGGACAUCAAGCUCGUGGAUUCAAAGAGAUAUAGGUAUGUGUAUCACAGUUCCCAGUGGAUGGUGGCUGGAAACACAGACCACUCGUGCAUCACCCCGCGGCUUUACAUACACCCGGACUCGCCAUGCUCCGGAGAGACAUGGAUGCGCCAGGUGAUCAGUUUCGACCGGGUGAAAUUAACAAACAACGAGAUGGACGACAAAGGCCAUAUCAUCCUGCAGUCCAUGCAUAAGUACAAGCCGCGCGUGCACGUAGUCGUGCACGAGCCAUCUCUGGACGUAUCGCAAAUCGUUGCGCUCCCGACUGAAGGCGUGUGCACCUUCUCCUUCCCCGAGACCCAAUUCACAACCGUAACAGCUUAUCAAAACCAGCAGAUAACAAAACUGAAGAUUGACAGAAACCCCUUUGCCAAGGGCUUCAGAGACCCAGGAAGAAACAGAGGUGUACUAGAUGGUGUGCUGGAUUCUUACCCUUGGCGAAAUCCAUUUGGCCUUAAUUUGAAGCCAUUUACUGUGGAGAUGCAAGGUGAAAAUUGUGGGUCAUCAGAGAGCUGUGGUGACAUUUCCUCUCUGAAAAGGCACUUGCCACACUCCAGUUCCUUGCUCUCCCAUCCGUUUACCCUCUCUGGGCCUGACAGUGAUCUACACAGCCUCAGUGUCCCCCUCUGCUCUAAACUGACCUCUUUAAACACCUCCUUCACAAGCCGACCCCACUACAGCCUCAUACCAGACAGAUUCAGAGGUUACUCAGGGUUGCGACCCUUGACGGACUACCCCAUGCUGUCUCCUCUUCAUUGCAAAAAAAUAGGAGGUUGCAGGGGCCAGUGCCUCCAUAGCCACUGCUUGUUUUCCAUCCAGAGCCUUCAGGAGAGUCGAAACUCUGGAGCUCAGGAGGAUACUGCAACAUCUUCUCUCAUGUCACCAUAUGGCCUGUACAGCUACAGUUUACCAUUCAGGCCACACUUCUCCAGCAUCACCAGUUCGUCGAAACCAGCUGACAGCAUAAUCCUGGCAUCAUCUGAGAGCCUCUUGCGUCAAACUGCCUGGCAUUCAUCUGUCAAUCACUGCCUCUGACCUUGCCAGAUGUUAGAACUGAACUCAAGAUAAACAUGUCCUUAAUACCAAAACAUAGCUGCUGUUACUCCUGCUAUUCAUAUGGGUCAAUGCAAAUUAACUAGGAUGCAGUGUGAAGAAGUGGAGCAGGAGAUGUUACUAUAGUGGAACCCUACAGUGAUCAUGCUGGAAAAAGAACCCACUUAAUUUUUCCUAGUGGAAGACAGGAUUGACAGAAUUGUUUCUAUAAAGAGAAUGUGACUUCCGGUGGCUGUUUUGUUAUUUUAAGUCAGAAUCCUCUGUAUCCUUUGAGAAAAUAUUGUUUUAUGACAUAUUUUGGUACAUUUUUUCAACCUAUUGUAAUAAACAUUUUUGUUCUAAAUAUACUAUG